AUGAGCUACUCUCGUUUCAUACAGCAUGUUCACAAGUUGUACCCCGGCGUCCAUCUAUCGAGAACUACUGAGGAUGAUUGCGAUUGCUGCACUCGGCUCGAUAUUCAGCUUGGCCAAGAUGGCAUCAGCGACGAAGAACGGGAAUGUCUCCUUCUUCAGAAAAAAAUGCAUCUUAGUGAAGCUAUCGCACAAAGACGCUUUGUUUCGACUUUCAUCAGAAACUACUCGGCUCUUCAUGCCCCGGAACAGUAUCUUCCGCGCGAAAUUAUUCCAGAUACAGCCAAUGAUAACGAUGCUGCGGAAGACUACGGUGGUGGAAUAUCGAUGCCUUAUUUUGGUCAUUCGCGUCCUUCAAUCGACUAUUACAACAGUAACCUCAUACUGCAGAACGUCGUGGCGGACAUCAACCACAAUGUGAAUCACGUUUUCCUCUACGACGAGCGCGCUCAGGGCAGGGACGCUAACGCACUUUGCAGCUUGCGACUGUUUUAUCAUCUCACCAAAGUCCACGAGGCAGCCAGUAAAGGGCUUCCUGCUGCGGAAAUCAGCUUCAGCUUGUUGGACAAUUGUGUUGGG